AUGGGGGGCAGCGCCCGGAACCCGGGAGUCCUGCAAAGGGACGACACUCCCAGCCAGUCUCCGUACCAGCGGUUAAGUCAAAGGAUGCUGGACCUUUCCGGAGACCGGGGCGUGCUGAAGGAUGUCAUCCGAGAGGGCUCUGGAGAGCUGGUGACACCGGACGCUUCGGUGCUCGUGAAAUAUUCUGGGUAUCUGGAGCACAUGGACAAGCCUUUUGAUUCCAAUUGCUUUAGGAAAACCCCUCGGCUCAUGAAACUUGGAGAGGAUAUCACACUUUGGGGCAUGGAGCUGGGCCUUCUGAGCAUGCGGAGAGGAGAGGUGGCCAGGUUUCUGUUCAAACCAACCUACGCUUACGGAAUGCUGGGCUGUCCUCCCCUCAUCCCCCCAAACACCACUGUCUUGUUUGAGAUCGAGCUGCUUGACUUUCUGGAUUCUGCUGAGUCAGACAAGUUUUGUGUCCUCUCAGCCGAGCAGCAGGAUCAGUUUCCACUUCAGAAGGUCCUGAAAGUGGCAGCUACUGAACGGGAGUUUGGCAACUACCUUUUCCGCCAAAAUCAUUUCUAUGAUGCCAAAGUGAGAUAUAAACGGGCCUUUUUGCUUCUCCACCGGCGAUCAGCACCCCCUGAAGAGCAACUCCUGGUGGACAGCGCCAAGCUGCUUGUUCUCCUUAACCUGUCCUUUACGUACCUGAAGCUGGAGCGACCCACCAUGGCCCUGCACUAUGGAGAGCAGGCUCUGAUCAUUGACCAAAAGAACACCAAGGCCCUCUUCCGAUGUGGACAGGCCUGUCUCCUCAUGACUGAGUAUCAGAAGGCCCGGGAUUUUCUAGUCCGAGCCCAGAAGGAACAGCCCUUCAAUCACGACAUCAAUAACGAGCUGAAGAAACUGGCCAGCUGUUACAGGGAUUACAUGGAUGAAGAGAAAGAAAUGUGUCGCCGAAUGUUUGCUCCUGCUGAGCACGGCUCUACAGUAGGAGAAAACUAA